AGUGACGGCAUCGGAGCGGAGGCGAUGACGGGCGCGCGGCCGCCCACCGCGGAGAAGCGCCGGGCGGAGGAGCGCGGCGGCCCUGGAGCAGCGUUCCAGGAGGCGGCGCCCGGGAGGGAGCGGAGGCCGGAGAGAGCGGCGGGCGACAUGCGCGGGAUGCUGGGCGCGGGAUGGGGGCUGGCUGCGCUGCUGCUGGCGGCGUCUAUGCUGAGCGCCGCGCUGCUGGCCCCUGGCGGCUCCCCAGAGCGGGGCGCGGAAGCCGAGCCGCAGCGAGAUUUAGAUUUAGACAAGAAAAGGCAAGUGGAGCUGAAGAUGGAUCAGGCUUUGCUACUUAUCCAAAAUGAACUGCUGGGAACAAACUUGACUAUUUACUGGAAAUCUGAACGCUGUUAUCGUUGCUUGUUUCAGUUUCUGGUAAAUGUUUCCCAGAGUGGAAAACCCGGGAAACCCAGCGUUGCAGCAGUCUCUGUGGGCACCCAGCACAGAUCUAUUCUGCAAAUUAACGAUACUCUGGAAGAGAAAGAAGUUUGUAGACUGGAAUACAAAUUUGGAGAAUUUGGAAACUAUUCUGUCUUGGUAAAGCACACUUACAACGGAGUCAAUGAAUUUGCAUGUGACCUACUCGUUAAUAAGAAUCCAGUUGACAGUGACCUUCCUGUGAGUAUUGCAUUCCUUGUUGGCCUAGCACUCAUCAUUGCAAUAUGCUUCCUAAGGUUCUUGCUGAGCUUGGACGACUUUAGUAAUUGGAUUUCUAAGGCAAUAAAUUCUCGAGAAACUGAUCGUCUCAUCAAUUCUGAGUUGGGGUCCCCAAGCAGGGCAGAUCCUCUCAGUGGUGACACUCAACCAGAAAUGUGGCACCAGGUGGCCUCGCCACACCGCCUCCGUUGUGUGGACACAUUCAGGGGGAUAGCUCUCAUCCUCAUGGUUUUUGUUAAUUAUGGAGGAGGAAAAUAUUGGUACUUCAAACAUGCAAGUUGGAAUGGACUGACAGUGGCUGACCUCGUAUUCCCGUGGUUUGUAUUUAUUAUGGGAUCUUCAAUUUUUCUAUCAAUGACUUCUACACUACAGCGGGGAUGUUCAAAAUUCAGAUUGCUGGGGAAAAUUGCAUGGAGGAGUUUACUGUUAAUCUGUAUAGGAAUUUUCAUUGUGAACCCCAAUUAUUGUCUUGGUCCGUUGUCCUGGGAUAAGGUGCGAAUUCCUGGUGUCCUGCAGCGGUUGGGAGUAACUUACUUUGUGGUUGCUGUGUUGGAACUCCUCUUUGCUAAACCCAUGCCUCAAAAUGGUGCUUUGGAGAGAAGCUGCUCUUUUCUUGGAGACAUUACUACCAGCUGGCCCCAGUGGCUCCUCAUUCUAAUGCUGGAAAGCAUUUGGCUGGGCUUGACCUUCUUAUUACCAGUUCCUGGGUGCCCUACUGGAUAUCUUGGCCCUGGUGGUAUUGGAGAUUUGGGGAAAUAUCCAAAUUGUACUGGAGGAGCUGCUGGAUACAUUGAUCGCCUGCUUCUGGGAGACGGUCAUCUUUACCAGCACCCAUCUUCCAUGGUCCUUUAUCACACCAAGGUGGCCUAUGACCCAGAAGGAAUCUUAGGGACCAUCAACUCCAUUGUGAUGGCAUUUUUAGGAGUUCAGGCAGGAAAAAUACUGUUGUACUACAAAGAUCAGACUAAAGACAUCCUCAUUCGAUUCAUUGCCUGGUGUUGUAUUUUAGGGCUUAUUUCUGUUGCUUUGACCAAAGUUUCUGAAAAUGAAGGCUUUAUUCCAAUAAACAAAAAUCUUUGGUCAAUUUCGUAUGUCACCACCCUGAGCUCUUUUGCCUUCUUCAUCCUGCUGGUCCUAUACCCAGUUAUCGAUGUGAGGGGACUGUGGACAGGAGCCCCCUUCUUUUAUCCAGGAAUGAAUUCUAUUCUGGUGUAUGUCGGCCAUGAGGUGUUUGAGAACUACUUCCCCUUUCAGUGGAAGCUGGAGGACAACCAGUCACACAAAGAACAUCUAACUCAGAACAUAGUCGCCACUGCUCUCUGGGUGCUCAUUGCCUACAUUCUCUAUAAAAAGAAGAUUUUUUGGAAAAUCUGAUAGUUCCCACUUAAGUGUAUUGUUGGAAGACUCUAUUGGGCCUAGGGGAAGCAUUGAAAGAAUCUAUAUGAAGAGGAAUCAUCACUUAUAAAAUCAAUGUGAUGUAUUUCUAGAUUUUGGGGGUAAGGUACUGAUGUACUUAAACUGGUUUACUCUGACAUGGCUCAUCAGAACUCUGUAUAUUUGUGACAUAUAUUUGCAAUGUUACAGUCUUUCUUUUCUCUAUCUUCUACAUAAAUGAAUGUAUUUGGAACUUCAUUCUAAGGAAAUCUCACUUAACUUUCCAAAAGGGAUUUACCAUGGGCAUUUUGCUUCUGUGAUGCAUAAAACAGUCUAAAGUUUGA